AUGAAUGAACAGGGAGGCAAACAAGAAGGGAAAAGCCAACUCCUUUCCCCAUGACUUUGCCUCUGACACACCCUCCUGUGUUCAACCCAAGCACCACAGAGGAACCACCAAACAGACGGAGGGUGGACGUCCUUACCAUGAGGGUUUUCAUCUGCUUCGAGGGCUCCUGUGAGCCUUUUGACGUCCCUCCAGAUCAGACUGUGGGGGCCAUGAAGCAGAUGGCGAAGGAUAACUUUCUUGUGCAACUCUCCGAUGACAAGCAGGUCCAGCAGUACCUGGAGCUGAGCUACGGCGGUGCAGCGCUGCAGGACAGCUGGGCUCUGUGCGACGUGGGCAUCACAAGUGGCAGUGCCAUCCGAUGCCUGAUAAAGAGUGAACGAAGGCCUGUGAUGCAUGUGUUCAAUGCUGUGACAGGAGAAACCUUACCAAUCACGGGAAGCGAGGCUCUUCUGCAUAUGUCGGUUGCUGGAUUGAAAACUGUGGUGUCCAUGCAAAGCUGCCUGCCUGUCAGCACCUUCAGACUGAGCACCCCUGCUGGUGUGCAACUCUAUGACUGCAACCAACUGCAAGACUAUGCCAUUGAACUCGGCACUACUCUCCGUUUGGACACAUGGGAUGGGUGGGUGGAGUUCCUCCAGGGUUGCCUCCUGGGCCACAGAAUGACAGUCCAGAGCCACCUAUCAGAGAAGAAGCCAGUAAUGAGAUUUCAGCUGCAGGUAGCACUCUGCAUUGCUGCCUCUUUAGGCCAUCUGGAUCUGGCAGCCUGGCUGCUGAAGAGGGGGAUGCAUGCUGAGGAACCAGUGGGAGUCCAUCCGUUCCGCCAGUGGUGCAACCAAACCGCUCACAGAGACACUCGAAAGUGCCCCAUCCACAUAGCUGCAGAGAGCAGUCAGCUCCUCAUCCUCAAAUUAUUUAUCACCAAGAACCUUUUGACUUUGUCUUGUCGGGACCCUGGAGGUCGUGACCCUUUGAAAGUUGCUAUUCAGUGUGGUCACAGGGAUUGUGUGCGCUACUUAGCCAACAAGCUGUGCUCACUAGUAUCCCUACCAAACAUGUCGCUGCCCAUGCGUCUCUACCUCCAGAUUAAACACUGGGUGAGAUUGGGACAGAAAAGGGCAAUCUCCAAUCAAUGCCAGCACACCAGCACUGCCCUCAAAGCCAGGGUGGGUGAUACGUUGCUGGUAGAUGGCUUCAACCAUCAAAAUAUGUCUUCCAAAUCCAGGAAAGCUCUGAUCAAACCAAGUAGAGGAAUCAAGGCCAAAGCUUUGCAGCCUUUACCUCCCAUCAGCAACUUACUUUCAGCAUCACACCUCACUUCCAAAAGGGCACUGCCCCAAAUACCCAGCCUGCAGUCUGUGAACCCUAAACAGAAAAAGCAGUACCAAGAUGUUAAAAGCGGCCUAUUGGAUAAAAUCAAUAUUGAAGACAGAAGCUUAUGCAGGGGCAAGUUUAUACUCCCGCCGAUAACCAGCAGAGAAAGCAUUCCCAGGCUGGUAUUGGUGGGUGCAUCACCUAAAUCUUCCCAUAUUCUGACUGAGUCUUUGGAGUCCUUCUCUCACCACUGUGCUGACACACCAAGAGAAAACGCCAUAUACUGCUUGACUAUAGCCAGUACGUUCACAGAGAAGCCUUGGUUGAAGCAGCUGAGCAUAGCACGAACCCUGAUCAGGAAACGUGUCCACACCUUGGCAGAAUGCCCAUCCUGA